AUGGUAUCGUUUUUGUUAUUGUAUCUGAUAGUUUCUCAUAUUAAACGCAUCUCUACUCAAGAUUUAUCUCAUCAAGCUUCAGAAGAUCAUACUUUAACUCCGAAAAAAGUUGGUACCGAUGUUGUUGAAGCUGUGGUGGAUAAAAUUCAAUCGGCAUGCUUUUUCGAUGAUGACAAAGGUUUUUUACGUCGUCUUGCAUUAGUCGACACUAACGAUGGACUCAAUGUAUCAUCAAGUGAACCAGCUACUGGUCCGUGGCGCAUAACACAGCAAAUGCUUGAACAAACCAUUCACAAGCCACCACCAAUUGUGGAACGAUUAACGGUUAAAAUCAACAGCAUAUUUGGUUUUUGGUGGAAACAUACUACGAUGGCUAUGCUAGAGAAACCAUUCUAUUCAGGUCUGGCGAUGAGGUUAUAUUUAGAAGUUUUAAAAACUAAACUUAAAAUCGAUAAAAAAUCUUACCCAACAACAAUUGCAGAGCAAGCGGCAGUUUGGGCAAAAUAUAUUCGACCAGGAGCAAAUGAAAAAGUAUAUAUUCUCCGAGCAAGUGAGAAGGAAUUUGAGUGUAGACUGGUCCGUUUGGCUGAUCUCCUGCUGGUUUUGGACGAAUCGGGUAGUAUUGGUGCGAACAAUUUUGAGAAAGUUCGAAAUUUUGCGUUAAGAAUGGCGGAUACACUCGUUUUGGGUAAAAAUCAAAGUCAUUUGGGCAUCAUUAAUUUUGCUAGUCAUGCACGUGUUGUUUAUGGGCUAGCCAAUACACAAUCAAAUGAGUUGAGCGAAGGAGUUAUACGUAAUAUGACGUAUCAGCGGGGAAGAACAAAUACGGCUGAAGCACUUAAGCUAAUGAUGAAAGAGGUUAAAAAUCAUGCACGCGCAGACGAUGGUGUUCCAAUGUUUGUCAUUGUGGUGACUGACGGUGCGAGUAAUGUCAAACGAGAUACGAUAGAAGCAGCAAAAAAAGUUCAUGAAAGAAACUUGUUAGUUUACAGUAUUGGUGUUGGACCAAAAUAUUCAUUAGACGUUGAGGAAUUGGAUCGUAUUGCCUCAUUUCCGUCUUGUAGUCAUCGAUUUUUAAUAUCGAGUUUCGAUGAAUUUUUAUUAUUUCAAAAAGAAAUUGCUAGAAAAUUAAGUCAUGCACCAAAUGUUUUGACCAAUACUGGCGAUGUUGGUUUUAAUAGUUUUAGUACUUCACUGCGGAAAGAUGAAAAAUAUCAUGUUAAAUUUGUUAUCGGUGCCUCUGGUCUCAAUUUAACGUUUACAUUACCACCAGGUGAUCAAAUUCACCAAGUCAGUGGCUAUUUUUCUCGUCGUACACGAACUCCAUCAGUAGCAUUUUAUGACCGUUCCAUAUUAUGUUCACCAACAAGUCCAACACAAGUACUUUAUUAUUCACCAUCUUUAGCAGGUGAAACAGUUUAUGGAACAUUGACAAUGCAUUCAUCAGGCACAAGUUGGGACAAAAAUCGUUCCCAACAUAUCGAUCCAAUGACAGAGGAGGAAAUUGAUACAGAUGUAAAGCAACCAUCACGCACCGAUUGUGUUAAAUCAUCGGAUCAAGCAGAUUAUAUACCAUUUAAAAUUGAAAUCAAAACACAAUGUUUACCAGGGCAGUGGGGCUCAAGUUGUGAAAAUGUUUGCCAUUGUAAAGGUGGUACAAUAUGUGAUCCAAUAAGCGGUUACUGUCCCGAUUGUGAUUGUCAAACAGGUUGGUAUGGAAAUAAUUGUGAAUUCAAGUGUCCUCAAGGUAGUUGGGGCAAGGGAUGUUCUGAACGUUGUAAUUGUGCAACGAAUGAUGGGUGCGAUAUUAUUACUGGCGAAUGCCCGGGAGAAUGUGCGCGCGGGUGGACAACUACGCAGUUGACCGAUCUACUCAAUUUAAAAGAUAAACAGAAUGAAAGCUAUUAUCCGGAGAGACUAUUUACACCAAUUGGAAAGAAAGUCUGCCAAGUGCCUGAUCGAGAUCAUUGUGACUGGUUUUGGUUUUGUGAAGGAGCUAUUUAUGGUACGAGACAAACAUGCCAAACAGGAUUGCAUUGGCUUGAAGGUACCAAUAAAUGUGUGUCACCUGAGAUGGCAAAAUGUCCAAAUUAUCCUUUGACUGUACCAACAACAACAACAAACGAUAUGCGCCACCAUCAAAUUAUUUCUUUUAUUAAAAACAAAGUAACACGAGAUGAAUGUAAAAAACAUAUUUUUGAUCAGUAUGAAGAUGAAUACAAAUGUCCACCAGCUAUUGCCAGUAUGACCGUAUCUGAUCUCAGCUCUCGUUUACGAAUGGACUUUUUUCGAAUGGCUAACGAGGGAAAAAACACUAGAAAUAACUUUACGGGUACCGUUCAAGCAUACCUCAUGAAACAAGGCAAAUUUGCCCUAUAUAAACAUGACCGCUUUAAUUGUCGAAGUUUUCACGUGUGUAGAUAUAAUAAUGAUACGGGAAAAUUUAUCGGUACGGAUUGGGGCAUCUGCGAUUCGGAGACGAUAUUUAAUAAUGAUUGGACAACAUGUAGCAGUGUCGAGAAAGCGUACCACGGCAUGAGCAGUACUCAUCCUGAUCCGGCGCUAAAACAAGGUUGUAAUGACCUUAUUAAUGGGCAACCAAUUCGAGCCAUCAAUCAAGAUGUACCAGAAUCGAUUAUUUACGAACAUUGGAGACAAUAUAAUCAAGGUUUCAAAGUAACAUAA